AUGUAUAAUAAUGAUAGUAGUAAUAUUCUUCCAUAAGGUACUUAAUGCAUUUAUAAUGAAUGGAAUCUAUGGGAUUAAGAUAAUUUAUAUAAAAUUGAUUAGAAUUGGAAUUUUUAAGAUGAGAAUUAGUAUGUGUCAUUUGGUUAGGGAUUUUGGUUUCAAUAUCUUCCUUACAAAUAAGACUAUUUAACAUGUAAAAGUGAUUUGUAACAUUUAUUAGAGAUAACUGAUGAAUAAUUUAGCUUAGUCAUUAUUAAUUACUUUUUGUACUCAUUAAAACGAAUUUCAGAUGAUUCAUAAUUACUAUUCAUUUUCAUAUAACUAAAUAAGAUGGAAAAAACCAUUUAAUUAAUAAUAUAUAUAUACGCACAGUAAUCAAUAAUAAAAAAAGCAAUUCCUAUUGAUAUUUUCAAUUUUGAAGGAGUUUGGAUUUUCUUUUAUUUUUAUAAUCAUUAUCAGAACAAUCAAUUGUCUUUAUAUUAUUAUCAAUCUAAUCUUGAUUCACUUUAUUAAGAAACUUUUGAUUCAGUCAUUCAAAUUCAAAAUACAGAUUCUAUCUCAACUUAAAUUAGAUCUUUUUUAAACAUUUAAAUAUCUGGAUAAAAUAUAAUCACAUACCCUUUUCCAGGAAUUAUUAAAUAAGUAGAAAAUACAUCUAAUAAUAUCUUAUUAGAUUUAAAUUAUUUUAAAUUAAUAUGUUAUAUUUAAAUAAAUUGCUUAGAAUAUUCGUUGAUGAUGGUAGGAUAUAAUUAAAUUUUUUCUGGAGGGCUAGGUAUAAUUAAUUUUUAUUAAAUCGUUCAAAAAAAUACAUAUAAAUUUUCAGGCUGGGUUAAGUCAAAUAAGUUAAUUUAUUAAACUAAGCUUGAUUGUUCUUUAUUGUGUGUAGGAAUAAAAAAAGAUAAUGGUGUUAGUUUAUAAACGGAUUAAUAAUUGAUAUACUUAAUUUAUCAUUAGCAUUAAGUUAUAAGUUUAAAUGGUUUUACAGUUUCAACUUAUAGUUUUUCUUUUCCAUCUAGCUCUUAAUCGAAUUAGAUUGAAACAAUUAAAAUUUUAGAUGAUUCUUUAAGUGAUUUAUUGACUUAAUGGCAUUUUAUUUAGUAUGAAGAAGGAUCCUCAAUUAAUAAGGGAAAACCUUUAUAUAGAGUUUAUUCCCCUUAAAAUAACUAAUAUAUUGAAUGUAAAUGGAGUAAUUAAAUUAAUCAUUAUUCUAAUGUUGACUUAUACUUUUCCUUUGGAGGAGAUUCUUAUUUUACAAAUAAUUUUAUAGGAUAAUUAAGUGAUUGGCGUAUUUCUUAUUAUUGUUAACAAAAUUUUGAAUCAUCCUAUGAGAUUCCUUGUCAUUAUUCUUGCUAGACAUGUUAGGGAAUCUCUGCAAAUGAGUGUUUAAGUUGCCCUGAAUAAUCAAAUAGAAUUUAUUCUCCUCAUGAUCACACAUGCAUCUGUUUUGAUGGUUUUUUAGAGACUUAAGAAUCAUUUGAAUGCAAAAGUAAUUUACUUCAAUUAUUCCAAAGGUUUGUCAGAGUUUAAUGGGAUAUUUCAGUUAAAUUAUAUUGAAGUAAAUUGUAAUCUUCCUGGUUAUUAUUAAUGUGAUGAAACCAAAAUAUAAUGUGAUUUUGGAUAUUUUUAAUAUCACGAUUCUUGUAUAGCCUGGUAAAUUUAUUGAUUUAUUUUAGUCCACACAAAUCUAAAUCUGAAGAUGUCAAAAAUUACAAAUUAGAAUGUGCUUUAUGUUAUCUAAACCCUGGUCUUUUUAAUUAAACACUAGUAUGUGAUUUUGAUUUCUCCUCUGAAAAUACUGAAUCCCCUUUCUUCUUUUAAAUUAGAUACUAUUCUUAGGUUGAAAUGUAAAUUUUAAUUUAAUUAUAAGUUUCAAAAUUAACUUUGAUAACCAUUAAGAAUUUACCCCUUAAUUAAGUGGAGGCCAAUAUAGUCAAUAAAACUAGAAUUAUUGUAAGAGCGGAUAUUUUAAAUAUUAAGGAGAAUGUCGCUAAUGCAUUGAAGGUUGCGAGGUUUGUUAGACAGAAUAUUAUUGUGUUCAAUGUUAUUAUUAAUAUGCUUUAACAGACUAAGGAAAUUGUAAGAAAUGUACAAAAUGUGAAUCAUGCUAUUUUUAAAAUAAAGAAGAAUAUUGCCAGUAUGAUUUUACAUGUUUAACCUAAUAAUACUUUUUCAAUAAUUAAUGUAUAGAUUGUGGAUAAUAUUGUUAAUAAUGUAAUAAAGAUUAAUGUUUUUAUUGUAUUGAUAAUGAAAAAUAUUAUUUAAGCUUAGAUGGCAUAAAUUGUGGUUUUUGUUCAAUUAAAAAUUGCUAAUACUGCUUUGAAUAUAUUUAUUAAGAUAAGAAUAAUCUAAUUAUCUCAAUAGAUAUAAAUAGAGAUUAUAUUUAAUUAGAUAUGUAUGAAAUUCAUUUAGGAUGUGCUCAAUGUAACAAUGGAUAUUAUUAUUCAUUUGAUACCAAUAAAUGUGAAUUAUUUAAUGAUAAUAUGUAAUUGUGUGAAGUUGGAGUAAGUUUGCCUUAAAGUCAAAGUAUCACUUGUUUAAAAAGUAAGUCAUUAACAAAUUCUAUUUAAACUACUAAUUGUGAAGAUUCUCUAUUAUGUUAAGAAUGCAUCAAUAAUUAUAAUUUUGCGAUAAAUUCAUUCUGUAUUGUAUGUUAAGAAGGAUAUUAUUCAAAUAUUAUUACUGGAUUAUGUAAAUAAUGUCCUUCUUCAUGUAGAACAUGUGCUUAAUAAAAUAUCGAAAAAAAGGACUAUUGGAAAUAGUAAAUAAAAGCAUUUUAUUUACAUUUUGUUAAUUAAAAUGGUUAACAUCCAUUUGAAAAUUAUGCAGUUAAUCCUGAUAAUUUUUAUUAAGAAAUAGUUUGUUUAAGCUGUAAAUCUAAUUAAAUUCUUUUAAAUAAUAUUUGCUAUGAAGGUUGUAAUGAUGAUUGUGAGGAUUGUAGAAUAGUUGAUGUUGGCUUUUUGAACUAGUCUUCCAAAUGUUUUAAAUGCAAAUCCUAAGUCUUUAAUAGAUAAAGAAGCUAUUAGUUUGAUAACAAUUUACAAUAAUUACAUUCCUAAUGUGGAAGUUGUCCAAAUUUUUGCUCAGCAUGCUAUCCAAGAACUUCCGAAGAAAUUUCUUCUAUUAACCUAUUUUUUAAUCAAAAAUCUGAGUACCUCAAAUAUUCAUUUAAAUGUUAUUAUAAAGACGAAAAUGUUUAAAAUAAAUAUAUCUUACCUGAAAUUUUAGCACUUUAAACAUGUGGAAAUUUUAAAAAAUGCCACAAAACUAUCGAAGCAAACUUUAAAGUAUAUCAAUCACUAGGAGAAGUUAAUGAUGCUAAAUAAAAAGAAACAAAUCGAAAUCUAAGAGAUAUUUAUUAAUAAUUUUUAGAUAUUUCAUUAUAUUAUUAAUGGAGAGAGUAUGAAAAACCAGAACUGUUUGAUUAUUAUAAUCUUUAAACUAUUGAAAAAUUUAGUAUAAAUUACUCACUAGAAUCUCUUAAUUUCUCUUAAGAUUUUGGAUCAACUUUUAAAAAUAAUUUAAAAAAAAAUAUCUUUUAUCUAAAAUAAGUAUAACUUAAAAUUUUUAAUGGCAGUAAUGCUGAGGUUUUAUUUAUGACUAAUAAAUAUUUCAAAAUACUCAAUUUUGACAUCAUUAUUAUCGAGAAUAUAAACUUUUCAUCUCCUUCUCCUUAUUAUUCAACUCCUAAUGUUAAUAUUACUCAUAGCUUUGAAAUUUUGAAUGAAUAUUAUCCGCAAAUAGUAAUUUUUAACAAUGUGAAUUUGAUGUAAAAUAAAAAAAAUAACUUUUUAAAGUUUUCUAUGAUUUGUAAUAGAUCAAAACAUUUUUCUAUUAUUAAUAUGAAUUUUAAUUUAAACUUGACUGAUUCAUUAUUUUUUUAAUAUUAUCCACAUGUAGAUUAAGAAGUAUCACAAUUAAUUGUUGAAAAUUUUAAAAUUUAGAAUAACUUUUUGGAUAAUUCAAUUCUAUUCUAUUUUUUUGCUGAAAACAACACUUUUAAUAGCAUUAUUACUUUCAUCAAUAUAACUAUUGAAAACACUUUAUUUACAAAAAAUUCUAGUUUUAUAGCUUCCAAUUUUGAAAAAAAUUUUGAUAUUGGUGAUGUAUAUUUGGAAAAUUUUUAUCUAAAAGAUGUGACUUUUUCAAAUUCCUCAAACUUUAUAAAAAUACUAUCUGGGAAAAAAAUCUAAUUAAAAAACUUUANAAAUCUAAUUAAAUUCUUUUAAAUAAUAUUUGCUAUGAAGGUUGUAAUGAUGAUUGUGAGGAUUGUAGAAUAGUUGAUGUUGGCUUUUUGAACUAGUCUUCCAAAUGUUUUAAAUGCAAAUCCUAAGUCUUUAAUAGAUAAAGAAGCUAUUAGUUUGAUAACAAUUUACAAUAAUUACAUUCCUAAUGUGGAAGUUGUCCAAAUUUUUGCUCAGCAUGCUAUCCAAGAACUUCCGAAGAAAUUUCUUCUAUUAACCUAUUUUUUAAUCAAAAAUCUGAGUACCUCAAAUAUUCAUUUAAAUGUUAUUAUAAAGACGAAAAUGUUUAAAAUAAAUAUAUCUUACCUGAAAUUUUAGCACUUUAAACAUGUGGAAAUUUUAAAAAAUGCCACAAAACUAUCGAAGCAAACUUUAAAGUAUAUCAAUCACUAGGAGAAGUUAAUGAUGCUAAAUAAAAAGAAACAAAUCGAAAUCUAAGAGAUAUUUAUUAAUAAUUUUUAGAUAUUUCAUUAUAUUAUUAAUGGAGAGAGUAUGAAAAACCAGAACUGUUUGAUUAUUAUAAUCUUUAAACUAUUGAAAAAUUUAGUAUAAAUUACUCACUAGAAUCUCUUAAUUUCUCUUAAGAUUUUGGAUCAACUUUUAAAAAUAAUUUAAAAAAAAAUAUCUUUUAUCUAAAAUAAGUAUAACUUAAAAUUUUUAAUGGCAGUAAUGCUGAGGUUUUAUUUAUGACUAAUAAAUAUUUCAAAAUACUCAAUUUUGACAUCAUUAUUAUCGAGAAUAUAAACUUUUCAUCUCCUUCUCCUUAUUAUUCAACUCCUAAUGUUAAUAUUACUCAUAGCUUUGAAAUUUUGAAUGAAUAUUAUCCGCAAAUAGUAAUUUUUAACAAUGUGAAUUUGAUGUAAAAUAAAAAAAAUAACUUUUUAAAGUUUUCUAUGAUUUGUAAUAGAUCAAAACAUUUUUCUAUUAUUAAUAUGAAUUUUAAUUUAAACUUGACUGAUUCAUUAUUUUUUUAAUAUUAUCCACAUGUAGAUUAAGAAGUAUCACAAUUAAUUGUUGAAAAUUUUAAAAUUUAGAAUAACUUUUUGGAUAAUUCAAUUCUAUUCUAUUUUUUUGCUGAAAACAACACUUUUAAUAGCAUUAUUACUUUCAUCAAUAUAACUAUUGAAAACACUUUAUUUACAAAAAAUUCUAGUUUUAUAGCUUCCAAUUUUGAAAAAAAUUUUGAUAUUGGUGAUGUAUAUUUGGAAAAUUUUUAUCUAAAAGAUGUGACUUUUUCAAAUUCCUCAAACUUUAUAAAAAUACUAUCUGGGAAAAAAAUCUAAUUAAAAAACUUUAUACUUAAAGAUAUCAAAUUUUUAGAUUAAUCUUCAUUUUUUAUAGGCAACACAUUUACAAUCAUGGAUUUUAAUUUGGAAUUAUGCUAAAUAGAAUUUGGCCAUAUCAUUACUAAUGAUGGAAAAUUUAGUGAAUCCUUACAAGUCAGAAAAUAUUCCGAAAAUUUAACUAUCUAAAACAUACAUUUUAUUAAUAAUAAAUAUCAUUAAGAAUAGGCUUUGAUAUAUGUUCUAUAAUCUCAAGUUGAAAACAUUAGCAUAGCUGUUAGUAAUUUGAUUUUAUCUAAUAAUUAAUAUUUUAAUGUUUAAAAAGGUAAGUUGUCAUAUAUCUUUUUAUCAAGUGACCUUAGUUAACUCUACUUCGAAUGCAGUUAUUGUUUUUUCAAAGAUGUGAGUAUAACUAGAGGCUUAGGAUAUCCAGAAUUAACUAUUAAAAAUAGUCAGUUUCUUGAGAUUAUAAAUUUCAAAAUUGAACUUGGUCAUCAGUUUGAACUAAAAUCGUUGCAUACUACAAUUGAAUGUGUUAGAUAAUUUUACUAUUUAGAUUUUCCAUUUAUUCUUAGCGUUAAAUCAUUUUUUCAAGUAUAUAUCGAACAUGUUAAUAUAUCUAAUUUAGUUGUUAUUGAUUAUCCAUUCUUCAACUUUGAAGGCUAAAAUUUAAUUAAUUCGGUAAACCCUAAUUAAUUAACUAUUAAAAACUCAAUAUUUGUAAAUAAUAUGUUGAUUAUAACUUAAUUAAAUAGACUGUCUUCAAUAAUUUCAAUCUAAACUUACAAAAAUAUCUUAAUUCUUUUUUAAAAUUCAACUUUUUCUGGAAAUUUUCUUAAUAAAUAUGAAGAUGAUACUCAAUUACAUUCUUCAUCCACAUUGAUUAUUGAUUCUUAAAUAGGAAAAGUUAGAAUAGAAGAUUCAUUAUUUUAUUAGAACAUAGUAUCAAACUCUUCAGAUUCUAAUUUAUAUAUCAAAUCUGAAAUUGUUAUAAUCUUGAACUGUAUAUUUUUGAAUUAGAAUGAAUUAUCACUUAAGCCUUUACAAUAAAACUUGUUAUUACAUACUGAUUAAAAAAAUUAUAUUGAGAUAAUCUAGGAAAUAUUUGUAAUAAUGAGUUAAGGUGGAAGUGGAUAUUUCUUUAUCAACGAACUCAUCAUUUUAUAGUGUAUUGUCAAAAAUUCUGUAGCAGUUAAUGGUGGUGCUUUUUAUAUUAACUCUAAAUCAGCAGGGAAAAUCACAAUAAGCAACUCUUCAUUUGAAAAUACAUCAACAAUUUUAAAUAGUAAUUAAUUUUCAUCUGGAGGAGUCUUCUAUAUAGAUGCAUCUAAAAGUCGUAUAAAUCUCACAAUUUCUGAGACAACAAUUAAUAGAUCAUAUUCCAGAACAUAAGGAGGAGCUAUCUAUGUUGAUGCAUCACGAACAUAAAAUGAAAUUUUCCUUAAAAAUUUCACUGUCAUAAAUUCAUUUUCUUUUAAAAGCUCUAUAUUGUUCUUUUCACCAAGUAAAUUACAAUCUCUAAUCUCAAACGUAAGAAUAGAUUUUUGUCUAUUUUAAAGUACUGAUCAGGAAUUUCAAUUAUAUCUAUCAUAAAUUGAAGAUAUAUCAAUAUAAGAUAUAAAACCAUUUUAAAAAGAAAAUCCAGCUAUUUACAUUUAAUAUAGCAAUUUUACUUUAUCAAAUUCUAUCUUUCGUUAAAUUCAUCUAAUAAAUUUAAUUUAAGUUUAUAAUGGAAUUAACACUUACUUUGUUAAUAUACAAAUAAUAAAUGCUACAAUAUUUUCUUCAUCGAUUAUUAAAGUUACACUAAGAUAAGGUAUAUAUAUUAAAAGUAUUUUUAGAUGUCAAAGCAAAACUUAUUAUAAAUAAUUUGAACAUUUAAUCACUUAAAGUUUAUUAAUUCAAUUAAAAUGAAUGUAAAUUUGAAUUUUACAAGACUAACAAUCAAUUAUUGUGCCCUAAUGAUUUUUCAAAUAUUUUAUAAAAUCCAAAAAUAGAGAGAAAAAUCAAAAAUAAUACUAAUUAAUUAAAUUGUAAUUUAAAUUUAAUUUAAACAUAAAUUGACCACAAUUUUAGUCUAAUUGAACUCACAAAUUUUUAAGAAUUGCAUUAAAUUUAAUUAGAAAAUAUAGAAUUAAAGUAAUGUAAUUGUAGUGAUUGUUACUUUGGUUUGAUAUCAGUCUAGGAAUUUGAAUUUUCAACUUUGCAAUUAAAAAUUAAUAGAAUGUAAAUACAAAAUAAUACUUGUGGUACUUUAGGAUGUUUAUCAAUAUUAAAAUCUUCCAAAUCAUAUAGCAGUAAAGAGGAAGAAAAUAGUAGAUUAUUGCAGGCAUCAAAUUUGGAGAAAAUUGAAUAUAUUUCAGAGUAUAAUUUUUAGAUAAAAAUUGAAAAUAGUUUAUUUUAAUAUAAUAAAGCUUUGUAUGGAGGAGCUUGCUACAUUUCAAGUGUGAAUAUAUUGUUGGAUAAAUGUUCAUUAAUAUAAAAUGAGGCUCAAAAUAAAGGAGGUGGUAUAUAUUAUUAAUCAAAUAACACUUAUAUCAAGAUUAUUAAUAGUAUAAUUGUUAAUAAUACUGCAAAUAGCGCAGGUGGAAUCUAUUUGAGCGAUACCCAAAUUGGACUUACUAAUCAAAUAAAUUUUUUCAUGAAAGAUAACAAAGCCUAUUCUUUUGGAGAUAAUAUUGUGGAACAUCCAAAUUAAUUAAAAAUUAAAUUGAACUCUUAAAUAGUUUUAGAAAAUACAAAAGUACUUUAAAAUACAACAGCAGUAAUAGAAGAAGCUUAAAUUCAACCUUAUUUCAUUUAUGGAUAAAAAUUAUAAACCGAAACACUUUUUUUACCAUCUGGUAUAAAAAUUUCUAAUUAUAAAUAUUUCGAUAAUAUAACUUAUUCCUACAUACCGUAUAAUUAUUCUUUUAGAAUUCUAGCAAUAAAUUCUUUUGGGGAAGAAAUUGUUAAUCUUGGCAAUUCAUUUUGUUAGAUAAAUGCUUAAGAAAUUAACAACACCAAAGAAUUAGACCUUUACUAAUAUUAAUUUGAUAAUGAAUUAACAAAAUAAUAUUUAUCAAUGAGUAAAAUCUANUAUUUUCUUCAUCGAUUAUUAAAGUUACACUAAGAUAAGGUAUAUAUAUUAAAAGUAUUUUUAGAUGUCAAAGCAAAACUUAUUAUAAAUAAUUUGAACAUUUAAUCACUUAAAGUUUAUUAAUUCAAUUAAAAUGAAUGUAAAUUUGAAUUUUACAAGACUAACAAUCAAUUAUUGUGCCCUAAUGAUUUUUCAAAUAUUUUAUAAAAUCCAAAAAUAGAGAGAAAAAUCAAAAAUAAUACUAAUUAAUUAAAUUGUAAUUUAAAUUUAAUUUAAACAUAAAUUGACCACAAUUUUAGUCUAAUUGAACUCACAAAUUUUUAAGAAUUGCAUUAAAUUUAAUUAGAAAAUAUAGAAUUAAAGUAAUGUAAUUGUAGUGAUUGUUACUUUGGUUUGAUAUCAGUCUAGGAAUUUGAAUUUUCAACUUUGCAAUUAAAAAUUAAUAGAAUGUAAAUACAAAAUAAUACUUGUGGUACUUUAGGAUGUUUAUCAAUAUUAAAAUCUUCCAAAUCAUAUAGCAGUAAAGAGGAAGAAAAUAGUAGAUUAUUGCAGGCAUCAAAUUUGGAGAAAAUUGAAUAUAUUUCAGAGUAUAAUUUUUAGAUAAAAAUUGAAAAUAGUUUAUUUUAAUAUAAUAAAGCUUUGUAUGGAGGAGCUUGCUACAUUUCAAGUGUGAAUAUAUUGUUGGAUAAAUGUUCAUUAAUAUAAAAUGAGGCUCAAAAUAAAGGAGGUGGUAUAUAUUAUUAAUCAAAUAACACUUAUAUCAAGAUUAUUAAUAGUAUAAUUGUUAAUAAUACUGCAAAUAGCGCAGGUGGAAUCUAUUUGAGCGAUACCCAAAUUGGACUUACUAAUCAAAUAAAUUUUUUCAUGAAAGAUAACAAAGCCUAUUCUUUUGGAGAUAAUAUUGUGGAACAUCCAAAUUAAUUAAAAAUUAAAUUGAACUCUUAAAUAGUUUUAGAAAAUACAAAAGUACUUUAAAAUACAACAGCAGUAAUAGAAGAAGCUUAAAUUCAACCUUAUUUCAUUUAUGGAUAAAAAUUAUAAACCGAAACACUUUUUUUACCAUCUGGUAUAAAAAUUUCUAAUUAUAAAUAUUUCGAUAAUAUAACUUAUUCCUACAUACCGUAUAAUUAUUCUUUUAGAAUUCUAGCAAUAAAUUCUUUUGGGGAAGAAAUUGUUAAUCUUGGCAAUUCAUUUUGUUAGAUAAAUGCUUAAGAAAUUAACAACACCAAAGAAUUAGACCUUUACUAAUAUUAAUUUGAUAAUGAAUUAACAAAAUAAUAUUUAUCAAUGAGUAAAAUCUAAUUUAAUUUAACAACUGGAGAUUAUAACUUUGAUGACUUAAUUAUAUACUUUAAUCCAUAAACUGAUGAGUAAAUUUCUCUUUUAUUAUCCAUAAAGUGUGAGUAAAUAUAAAUACCUUAAUUUAAUUAAAUAUUUCCAUAUGAAAAAACACAUGUUAUUACAAAUUAUUUUCUACUAAUGAAAUUAAGAACUUUCAAAUGUUAAUUAGGAGAAUAUUUGAAUUCAACAUCUGGAGGUUGUGUAGAAUGUGAUAUUUCAUAAAAUUAAUUUUCAGUAACAUUUGAUGCUUUAAAAUGUGAAUUUAGAGAUGAAGUCAAAAUGAAAAAUUUAUAACCAGCAAUGAUAGAAUUAAGAGAAGGAUUCUGGAGAGCUUAUUAUUAUAGUAACUCUAUAGAAGAAUGUUAUCAUUUGAAACUAAAUUGUUAAGGAGGAUGGUAUCCAGGUGAUAAAUCUUGUGCUUUAGGACAUAUAGGAGCACUUUGUGAAUAAUGUGAUCUUUAUAAUACUAAAGGAUAGGGGUCAUUUUCUAUAUCAUAGUAAUAUAUUUGUUCAAAUUGUGAAGAUAUGGCAGCAAAUAUAGCAAAUAUAGUUUUUGUUCUCAUUUGGACAUUAUUAUCAGUGUUUUUAUCAGUCAACAGCACAAUAAAAUUGAUUGAAGAAUUUAUUUUUUAUACCAAGUUAAAAACAUUUGGAAAACAUAUUAUAUUUUAAUCAUCUUAAACAUCUGUAUUACUUAAGGUGUUUACUAACUAUUUACAAAUUAUUAGUUCAAUUUCUACUUUCUAACUAACAAUUCCUGUUGGAAUACUAUUAACUUUUAAAUCUGUAGGAAAUCCCAUAGAAUCUAUGUCUUUUUCAUUGGAUUGUUAUUUAGUAUAGAUGACAACCAUUCCAAUAUUAUAUUUUAGAAUUUUGUGGGGGUUUUUAAUGGUAGGAUUUUAUAUAUUAAUUUUUAUUGGUUUGCAUUUAAUUCUGCUACUUUUUAAUAAGAAAAAAUUAAGUAUCACUUUCAUAACAACAACUUUUAUUUACAUUUAUAUAUAUUUAUCUCCGAAUCUUAUCAGUGGGUUAGUGGCUUUAUUAUCUUAUAGAAAUAUUUCUAAUUAAUAAUGGAUAACUGGAAAUGUUGCAUAUAAAUAUAAUACAUAGGAACAUCAUAAAUGGUUAUUUUCUUUAAUUAUACCAUCAUUUGUAAUAAUAGGUGUUUUAUUGCCUAUGUUCUUUUGGUUUGUUGUUUAUAACAAUAGAGCGCACUUAAAUACAAGCAAAGUAAGAAAAAUUUGGGGGUAUUUGUACAAUGAAUAUAAAUUAGAAACAUAUUAUUGGGAAACUAUAAAGAUUUUAUAGAAAGAGUUUAUUAUAUAUGUUUUAAUUUAUUAUGAGGAUUAUGUGGCUGUUAAGUCCUCAAUGAUAUUUUUUGUGCUUCUAUUUUAUGGUUAUUUGACUAAUAAAUAUAAACCUUAUGAAACAGGAGAUUUGAAUAAUAUUGAUAGUUUAUAGACAGCAAUUUGCAAAGUUUCAAUAAUUUUGGCAUAAACCAUUUACACUUCUUAAAGUUUAAAUAUAGAAGAAAUUGUUAUACCCUGUUAUUUUUUAUUGGCAAUUUUAAAUAUCUUUUUUAUUGUUAGGGUAAUCACAAAAAUUUUAUUUGCCUAUUUUAAUAAAUUAUCUGAAUAAGUAGAUAAAGUAAAGAGAUAUAUAUCUUUUAAAUUCCCAUAUAUAGUAAAAAAUAAUAAAUACUGUAUGAGAUUAUUCAGAAGUUCCUAAGAUAGAAAAUAAUUGAUCAGAAAAAGAUUUUAAUUGAUUAAGGCAUAUCUAAAAUAAUAAGCUAGAUAUAUAAUAUAAUAUAAAUAGUAAAAAUACAAAUUUAAAUAGGCUUAAUAACAUGGAUUUGGGAAUGAAUAAGAACUAAAAGGAUUCUGAUAAUAUCUUUAGUGAACCAUUUUCAUCAUCACGAAAUGUUAGUAAAUUAUUCAAGACCAAAAUGAAUUUAUAAACAGCUAGACUUUCUAGAUUUUAGCUAAUAAUAAAAAACCCAGAACUUUGA